GUUUCCUGCACGCUCGCAAUGCGGCCGAAUCAUGGUGCAGCGUUCAAUAUUGGCUGGGCUCGCCAGGCCUAACAGCUGUUAGCCAAGCUUCAGCUGGCAGAGAACCCAGGAUUCGCACGACUCCUCACGGUGUCGGCAACUCCCCAGAUCACUAGGUAUUCCUUUCUUUCCGAUCAGGCCUCGCCGGGACUCCGGGACUUGAAAGUCAAUUUUCUGACAUUCGGAGAAGGCAGCUUCGACAUUGCGGCUCCAUCAAAAUGCACGCUGAAUAGCUAAAUGUCCUGUGAUUUGAACGCUAUCCAUGACCUGAUACCCUUGGCUUUUCUCUAAUUUUCUUUCUCUUCCUACGCUCGUUACCGCAAUAAUGUCCACUUCCAAGACUAUUGCGCCAUAUAGCGUCCGUCCCUCGCAGCAAUUCGACGGCAACGACGGCAGUUGGAGCACCUUCGAAAUUAGUGUGGGGAUACCAGGACAGGACUUUCGGGUCCUUCCCUCAACCAAGAGCGGCGUCACAUACGUUAUAGCACCCGAGGGCUGCAAUCAGCCCACCGAUCCUUCCAAUUGCGCAAAUCUGCGUGGCGCAGAGAUAUUCGAUUCAACGCAAAACACAGGGUUUCAGGUCACACGGUCGACAAUGUGGUCGGCAAUUGGGCAAUAUGGCGUGGAUCUGGAGGACGCACUGAACAUGACAGCAGACGGUCUGUUUGGAUAUGAUCAAGUUGCGCUGGGUCCUGCGCAGGACACCAAUUCCGUCACCACAAUGGACCACCAAGUCGUUGCUGCAGUUGCAGACAUGGACUACUUCAUGGGUGUCCUGCCGCUGGGCACGGCACAGUCAAGCUUCUCGAGCUUAAGCGAACCUCAGGAAUCCCUUAUGUGGAAUCUCCGGAACAGUUCUCGAAUACCGAGUCUGUCUUACGGUUACACGGCUGGCGCAAAGUACAGACUGAAGUCAGUGUUUGGGAGUCUGGUCUUAGGCGGUUACGACUCGACACGAUUCACACCCAAUGCAAACGAUUUCUCCUUUACAUUUUCCUCGGAUUCUUCGAAACUGCUCACUGUUGGCAUCGAGAGCAUCACGGCAACGAACACCUUGCAGGGAACAUACUCGCUGUCUUCUGGAUCUCACUUUUCAGUGAUCGACUCGACAGUGGCGCAACUAUGGUUACCAACAGAUAUAUGUACACAGUUUGAGCAAUCCUUUGGCCUCACGUACGACCCCUAUACCGACCUUUACCUCGUAAACGACACAAUACACGCCAAUCUCACAGCACUUAACCCUGUGGUCACAAUCAAGCUGAUCAAUUCGCUGGAUGACGCGGCGACAAAAUACGCCAACAUUGAGCUACCCUACGCCGCAUUCGAUCUUGAAGCCUCAUAUCCAUACUACAACAAUGCCACAAAGUAUUUUCCCAUUCGCCGAGCUGCUAACGACACGCAAUAUGUGCUUGGGCGGACACUGCUACAAGAAGCAUACUUAAUCGUCGACUACGAAAGGGCAAACUUCACAAUCGCUCCAGCAACAUUUCCUGAUCCACUACCGGCCGCACAAAUUGUCACCAUCGAUUCACUUGGCGAUGGUGAAAAUAACAACGAUUCUUCGUCACUGGGUGCCGGCGCUAUAUCCGGCAUUGUAGUCGGCGUCGUCCUCGGACUUGUCGUCCUCGGUGUCGCCGCAUUCUUUAUCUGGCGCAAACGCCGGCAGUUAGCACAAAAGUACGAGCUCGCCACAACCGAAAAGGACACAGAUUUUGAUCCCCGCCUCACCGGCACUGGAAACAACGCCACGAUGAAAGCGCAUGUGCCACGACCAGCACAAGAGAUGGGCGGCACGCCGCUCUCCGAACUCGCUUCGCCAACUGUCAUGGCUUUCCCGACAACACUUGAGCGCGCUAUCAACGUAAACAGGGAACCGGUUGAAUUGCCCAGCGAAAGCGUAGUGUCUCACUCACCAGCGACUGCGAGACGGGAGGAGGUCAAACUUUCGCGACCAGACGGGCACAUCGACAAUGAACGAGAAGGUGAGAGCGGUCGCAUUCCCACAGAGAAUAUGAGCUGGGCGCCGAGCGACGAUGCGACAAUGAUCAACUCGCUGAGUGCGGGACUUGUGACGAGAGUCAGUCCGUUGACGCCAACGUCUGGGAGGAAACUCUGAAAAUUUGGUUGUGAAUAGCAUUGUACCAUGUUGGCAUUUUUGAAGACGGAAAGAACGACGAGACUCGUCCUUGGCAGGUACUACUUGUAUAGAUGGGUUGAUUCUCUGUUUUGACAUAGGCAUGAUACACAUUGAUCCUUAAUGACGAGAGUGAAUACACCGCA